AAUGCGCACUAACACCUAAGCCAACAGCUCCAAAGACACCACCACCACCAAAAAAGAUAGCUAUCAAUCAUCACCAUCCACCACACGCGCACGGCGCACGCCAGCUUGAACAUACCAGACGCAUACGAUUGAAAAGAUGGAACAACCCCAACCAGCGGCAGGCUCCCUGAGCUGGCGAUUAUCCUCCCACCCAAUAACCCUCCUCACAUUCCUAGGCUUCCGAGUCUCGAGCUUACUAGUCUACCUCUUCGGACUCCUCUUCACCGACAACCUCGUCAUGAUCUUCAUCAUCACCAUCCUCCUCCUCGCCGCCGACUUUUACUACCUCAAAAACAUCGCCGGCCGCCGCCUGGUCGGCCUCCGCUGGUGGAACGAAGUCGACCCGUCGACUGGGGACUCCCACUGGGUGUUUGAGAGCAGCGAGCCGGGGACAAAGGUGAUCAACGCGACGGACAGUAGGUUCUUUUGGAUUGCGAUUUACGCCCAGCCGCUGUUUUGGAUCGCGCUGGCGGUGGUGGCGGUGUUUAGUUUCAAGUUUAUUUGGUUGCCGCUUAUUGCUAUUGCGCUUGUGUUGACGAUCACGAACUCGCUUGCUUUUUCGAGGUGCGACAAGUUUAGCCAGGCGUCGAAUAUUGCGGGGAGCGCGUUUAAUGGUGGGAAUUUGGCGGGGAGCAUUGCGAGUAAUAUGGUGGGGAGGUUCUUUACGAGAUGAUGGGUUAUGUUGGGUGGGGGUGGUUCAAGAGAAGGGGGUUUAGUAUAGGAAGCCAUCUUACAAGUUUGGGAUGCGGGAAGUGUAUGAUUGCAGGGGCGUAGGCAUUGGCGUUUUUGAGGAAACUUGGGCUAGCAUGGCCGUUUUGUUAUGUUUCUUUUGGUAUUAUAAAGUUCAGGUUGGGAGCGUAUCUAGCUUCUGGGCCGGGCGAAGGAAAAUGGAAUCAUCUUGUUUGAAAC